AUGUGUCAAGGAAAAGAAAGUGACUUGCUUGUAAUUAACAGUGCAAAAGAACAGCUUUUCAUUACUGGCAAAACAAGUCCUAGCUCUUACAAACGUUUCUGGCUUGGUCUGCACGAUACUGAUGAGGAAGGAUUGUGGAAAUGGGUGGAUGAAACAAACUAUGAAACAUCUUUCAAGUCCUGGACCAAAGGGGAGCCAAAUGACCAUAAUGAUGAGGAAGACUGUGCACUGGUAUGGACCAAUGGAGAAUGGAAUGAUGUACCAUGCAGCUAUGAUAACAGCUAUGCAGUUUGUGAACAUAAGCUCUGA